UUUUAUACACCAAUAAUGAUAAUUUCAGGGGGAGUGUUGCUCAGUCUGGAGGAAGGCACGAGCUUCUGGAGUCUUUCACUCAUCUGGAAGAUCUUCCUUUCCUCAAUGGUGGCAACUUUCACCCUCAAUUUGUCACUCAGCGCUUUUGAAGGACAUCCAGGCCAACUCACCCACCCUGGUCUGCUGUUUUUCGGAAAACUGAAUGAUACGAUCACCAACUAUGAGGUAUUUGAGUUGCCAAUCUUCAUCGGAAUGGGAGCAAUUGGAGGUGUCCUGGGAGCUGUAUUUGUAGCCAUCAACAUGAGGAUUGCCACCUUCCGGAUGAAAUAUGUGAAGAAGCAGUGGAUCAAGCUGUGUGAAGCUCUGUUGGUGGCAUUCAUGACAGCUACAGCUGGGGCAACCUCUAUCUACUUCCUUGAUGACUAUUGCCAUGGCCACACGGAGGACACCAUCAAGUUUGCAGUCAAGGUUUUCUGCCCCGAUAACCACUACAAUGAGUUGAGUUCGUUUUGGUUCCAGAGAGCAGAAGAUACGCUUAGAUCAUUGUUUCACGACCCUAAAGGUUCAUACAAUGUGGUUCCACUGAUUGUGUUCUUCGUGUUGUACUUCAUGAUGUCGGUGGUGACGACAGGACUGAGUGUGUCUGCUGGCGUGUUCGUGCCUGCCUUACUGUCUGGAGCUGCGUGGGGACGGCUCAUAGGCAUCGGCAUCCAAAACUGUUUCCCUGACUCGGCCUGGGCAGAGCCGGCGAAGUAUGCAGUGAUUGGCGCAGCUGCACAUCUCGGUGGUAUCUCGCGCAUCUCCAUCAGCCUGACAGUGAUGAUGAUCGAGGCUACGGGGAACAUCACAUUUGGCCUUCCACUGAUGCUGACCCUCAUCACAACCAAGUGGGUCGGUGACCUGUUCACAGAGGGAGUGUACGAGAUGCAGAUCUACCUAUUGGGGGUACCUCUGCUACCGUCGGCGCCACCGCCCCUCUCAGCUGACAUCAAGGCAACAGAAGUGAUGAGUGCGCCAGCUGUGGUAUUCCCUGCCAAGGUGCGAGUGGGUCGGCUUAUCGACAUACUGGAGAAUGUGCCUCACAAUGGGUUUCCCAUUGUUGAUUCCGCACACACAUCUAGUCAGGGUGUGCUUAAAUCAGUUGGGCGACUGAAGGGCCUGAUACUGCGGUCACAGCUGAUAGUUUUACUACGCAACAAGUGUUUCAACGAGACACCCCCAACGAGCAGCGACGAGUUGAGACGUAAACUGCGUAUGUUCCGUGACGCCUAUGCCAACAAUCAGCAUGUAGAGCUGCAUGGAGGCUGGAUUGACAAUGUACGAAUAACAGAAUCUGAGUAUGAUUUGAUGUUGGACCUCAGGCCAUAUAUGAACCCCUCACCGUACACUGUCAAAUAUAAUGCCUCUUUACCAAGAAUUUUCCGGUUGUUUCGUGGCCUCGGCUUGAGGCAUAUAAUUGUUGUCAACGAUAUCAAUGAGGUAGUGGGAAUGGUGACGCGCAAAGACUUAGCGCGAUACCGAACGUGGCGCCAUGCAGGUACCAUGGGACUGAAAGAGCUGAGAGUAAGAGUAUGACAAGGGCUGAAAAUCGGAGCUCCGCCUGACAACUGUCUGUCGUUUCAAGUACGGCGGAAGGCAUCGUUUACCGCAGACAGUCAGCUGUCGGACGAGAUGUGAGCUUCGAGAUGUAUCACAGGGAACAUCGGCGGCACAAGCAAUGCGUAGUAGUGGAUCACUGCCUCAGUACAAACUGUUAACAGUCACGUCUUUCUUUGGCUUAGUGAGACGGUUUGUCCUCCUUGAACCGAUUCUGCAUACGUUCCAACUUAAUCCAGUUUAGGCCUAAUGUUUUUUUGAGUGCAGCAUUAUAUUUUAUACAGUUCUUUUAUUUGUUGUUGCCAAGUUUGGUCUAAUCAAAUAGGAUCUAUGUGGUAUACUACAUAAGAAUAAUGAUUUUGUACUACAGAUUUAGCCUCGUUAACAAAAAUUUGUUAACACAUAUACAUUAUACAUCAUGACUAAAAAGAACUUUUUCAACAAAGCAUUUAAAAAAGUAAACUUGUAGAAUAUGUUUGGGACCUACUUUAUAGUGUACCGUAUUCAAAAGUUUGAGGAGAUAUCUCUUAAAGGGAGUGGUAGCUCCUGACUCGAUAUUUUCAUGAUUUCCUUCCCCUACCUUUUUGAUACAUUAUUGGGAAGCUAAAAAAUUCAAACAUCAAAAGCAUUCCACAAAGAGAUAUGAAAGCAUUGUUUUAUAUAGGUAAGGUUUGAGAUCUAAAAAUGUAUAAUAAGGGGUUUGUCUUUUAUUUUAAUUUAAAAAACUUGCUACACCAAGCAUUUCUCAUUCAUAGUUUGACUUUUUAAUGUUCAAAUGAGACUUGUAAAUAUAUUUGAUUUAUGAAAUUGAUAUUUUAAUGUUUAAAACGAGCAUAAUUUUUAAUGUGAACCAUACAGUAAUAAGUCCCAUUUAGUGCCAGUGCUUGCUUUUGUUACCAUUUUAAUUUAAUAAGGGUAUUGAGGAGAGAUUUUAAUUUAUUUUAAUUUUUAUUUGGGAACCACUUCCCUCCUCCCUUUAGGAAUAUCUCUUCAAAUUGCCAUAAAGUAAAUGCAUUGACCCAGACUUGUUUGAAGUUUCCUUUUUAAAUAUAGAAUUGUAUAAAAAUAUUAGUAGAAGGUGAUCUGGAUCACUGUGUAACAAAAAUCUAUAUAGAAAAAUAGUGUUGAACUUGUCUUGAAAUACAUUUUGGUAAACUAAUUUGAGUUUCAAACAAACACUUGCAAACUGCUAGAAAAGCAAACUGUUUGAAAUUGAUGUCAGUUGUUGAUAAUUGAAUGUUAACAUUCAAAUUAAAUUAAUACUUUCCAUUACAAUGUAACUGUUCGUAUGUGACAUCAAUACAUUAUGAACAGGCUGUACUGAUGAUUGCCCCAUAGAGCAAUGGUAAACAUUAAGUUACUUAACUUCCCUUACUUUGCACAUAGAAUUAGACAUGUUAGAAUUGGGCCUUUGUAAUAUGUUUGGGCCUUCUACAUUCUUUCUUUCUACACUUUCUACAUUUUCAAUAAUUUUGGUUGUUUAAAAAUGUUAAUUAUAAAAUUUAAAUUCUGAAUUGAUUAUGUAAAAUUUUAUGUAAAAAAAUUCAUAAGGAUGUGAAAUGUUUUUACAAACCACAUUGUUUUUGUGAGUAGAAAAUCAUGAGUACAGCUGAUUUAUAUAACAAUAAUUUUAAAUACAAUUAUUGAAAUCAAAACAUUUGUAGGCUAAACCAAACUUGUCUAUAUUGCAGCAUUUAGAUUGUUUUUGCACGAAUAAUUAUAAUAAAUGUGUCAAUUUAACAUCACAUAUGAGGUAAUUUUGAGAAGUAAGCAGCAUUUUGGUAUAAAUAAGUAGAACAGUCACACAAGCACAUAUGGACAUUUAGAUCACAAAGUAGAUUUUUUAAUGUAAAUCUAUUUUAUAUGACUACUUAAUACUUAAAACUGACAUUUAACAAAUAAUAGAAUGUAACAUAGUCUAAUGAAAAAGUUGGAAUUGAAUGCACACUUUUAUGUUGUUAGCUCAAGAAAAACGUAGAAGUAACAGUGGCUAUAACAGAUAUUUUUUGGAACUAUCUUGCUGUGUGUGCUGUAGCUGUAAACAGCAACAAACAGCAAAGAAAAAAAAGGUUACGGAAUUGUGACAAUGAAAUAGUUAAAGGUUUCACUGGAAUUGUCGUGAAAAUGCCACAGUUGCAACGAGCACCUGCCUGUCACGACAGCAACCAUUGCUAAGUAUUCUGUGCUGGUGCUGAUACUGGAACGAUAAGAUAACUUUGGCACUAUACAUUAUUAUUAUUAUUCGGUGCAUCUUUUAACCACAUUGCAAUUAAAUAAAUCCAAUAUGCUCGAUGCAACCAGACAUAAAGAAUGAAUAUGGCAUCUCAUUGCAAUGAAAUUGUUAGCUGGAACCGCUUCACGGUGCUUGUAAACUCUUUGCAACGGUUCCAUGUAUGGAACAGUUUGGCACACCUCUACAGAUAUGGGGUGUUAUGGCAGCAAUGUUCCCAUCACCCUCCUUCUAUUUCUCGUCCCUCUCAAGUCAUAGUAGAUAUGGUGAUAUUAAAUAUUAGUUCCUGUAUAUAGAUUUUUUUAGAUCAACACAUAAUCCAACCACUUUUAUUCCUUCUCGGAAUUUUUAAUAACAAUUUAUCUAAUCCAUAAAAUUCUUCCAAUCUGUUCAUUUUGUAAUAGUAGAGGCAGAAUCAAGCCUAUGACUUACAAAAUUGGGUUAAUGUCAUGCCUUUUUGGUCCGCUCUUGAACGUCCAUGGUGUUUCCCCAGAUGUAUAGUUGGAGGUAUUUAGCUAUGCUUACGGAACCCAAAUACUACUACCCUUUCAACAAAUAAACGCUAUCUGUGUGGCGGGUUGUGUUUACAUGAUAGCCGCUGAGAUGAAGGCGCAAUAAUCUUUUUAACGUCAGUUUAAACUCAUGAUUUCGAUUUGCCGAAUAGUAUCGAUAAAUAAGUUAUUUUGAAAAGCACGUAAACGAGACUAUAAAA